AUGGCUGCGCACAUGAAACCGCUCGUCUUACAUGCCCACGCUACGGGGCCUAACCCUGUCAAAAUCGCGAUUGCCUUGGAAGCGCUCAAUGUCCCUUUCGUGGUGAAGUCCUGGGAUUUCAGCGAUGAUCCCGAAAAGGGUGUAAAGGGCACCGCAUUCCUCCAGAUCAACGAGAACGGACGUGUGCCUGCCCUUGUGGAUCCGAACACGGGUGUCGUGUCCUGGGAAUCGGGAGCGUGUAUGAAUUACAUUCGCAGAGUAUACGACUCGGGGAACCAAAUCGGUCCUUCGGGGAAUUCGGCCCAAGACUUGGUUGAUUUUGAGAAGUGGGAGUAUUUUCUCUUGAGUACCCUUGGCCCAAUGACGGGGCAGGUAAACUGGUUCAGACACUACCAUCCACAGAAGAACGACGAUGCAUUGCAGAGGUACAUCACCCAGACCUAUCGUUGCUACGAUGUUCUUGAGGGACAGUUGCAAAAGUCCGGAGGCACGAGCAUCCUACCGAGCCGAAUCACGACCGUGGACUACCAUUUUGAGCCAUGGGUGAGACAACAUUCGUUCGCUGGACUUUCACUGGACAACUACCCUUUGAUUACAAAAUGGCUGGGGCUGAUGGGUACUCGUGAGGAGGUCCAAGAGGCUUAUUGUAAAAUCCGGGCGGCGGCAGGAAAAUAG